UGAUAAGUCAUGUGGAGGACCCCAGUAAUCAGCAUUCAUGUAGUGGCAGGUCCUCCUGAGCUCAUCCUAUCCACUCUCCCUCUGUGUCUCGUGCUGUGACUCUCGCAGCGCGGCUUCUCAUUGGCUGCCGGGGGACACUCGGAGCAGGUAGCUCUCCUCGGUGCUGAAAUCGCUGCUCGUCGUGAUAAUGUAAACGGCGAUGAGGCCAAACGGAGCGUCAGACAGUAAACACCAAAAUGGACGAUGAUCAGUUCCAACUGAGACAGCUGCCUGUUGUCCGAUUCCGUCGCACAGGUGAGAGCACACACUCUGAGGAUGAUGGCGAGAAUAGAGAACAGGAUGUCAGGAUUGCAGAGCAGAUUGAUCUGGAGUCCGCGGCACUUGCAGACGGAGCUCCCGUUCCCCGGGAGUUUGCCAAUCCAACUGAUGAUACAUUCAUGGUAGAAGAUGCUGUUGAGGCCAUCGGCUUUGGGACAUUUCAGUGGAAACUCUCCAUCCUUACUGGUCUGUCCUGGAUGGCUGAUGCUAUGGAGAUGAUGAUUCUCAGCAUCUUAGCCCCACAGCUCCACUGUGAGUGGAGGCUGCCCACCCUCGAGGUGGCACUGCUUACAUCGGCAGUGUUUAUUGGGAUGAUGAUCAGCUCUUCUCUUUGGGGAAACAUAUCUGACAGAUACGGCAGAAAGACAGGUCUCAAGAUGAGUGUGCUGUGGACUAUGUUCUAUGGCGUGAUGAGUGCAUUUGCACCUAUUUAUGGGUGGAUCCUCGUCCUCCGUGCACUUGUGGGCUUUGGCAUCGGAGGAGCCCCACAGUCGGUGACACUGUAUGCUGAGUUUCUGCCUAUGAAGUCCAGAGCCACAUGCAUCUUGCUGAUUGAGAUAUUUUGGGCACUGGGCACUGUGUUCGAGGUCCUCCUAGCGAUCCUGGUGAUGCCCACUCUGGGCUGGCGUUGGCUGCUUGGCCUUUCCACCAUUCCUCUAUUCAUCUUCUCCAUCCUGUGUUUUUGGCUACCAGAGAGUGCUCGAUACGACGUGCUGACAGGGAAUCAGGAAAAAGCUUUGGCCACAUUGAAGCGCAUCGCUACAGAGAACGGAGCACCAAUGCCACUGGGAAAACUCAUAGCUGCCAGACAGGAGGACCGUGGAAAGAUUCAAGACUUAUUUUCAUCACACUUUCGCUGGACCACAGUUCUGCUGUGGUUUAUUUGGUUCGCAAAUGCCUUCUCUUACUACGGGCUGGUGCUGCUCACAACAGAGCUGUUUCAGGAGGGUGGUGCAUGUGGAAUGUCCAAAGGUAAAAAGAGGGAGCUCCGAUGCAACUUGGAGUGUAAAUAUCUGAACUCAGACGACUACAAAGACCUGUUGUGGACCACCUUAUCUGAAUUCCCAGGACUGCUGGUGCCACUAUGGGCUAUUGAUCGAUUGGGAAGGAAGAAGACCAUGGCGUUGUGUUUCUUCGUCUUCUCUAUGUGCAUUAUUCCACUCUAUGGCUGUGUUGGGAGAGUUUCCAUGACAGUGUUGAUAUUCAUCGCCAGAGCUUUCAUCGCAGGAGGAUUCCAGACUGCUUAUGUUUACACUCCAGAGGUGUACCCAACAGCGACCAGGGCUUUAGGUCUGGGAACGAGCAGUGGAAUGGCCAGAGUCGGUGCCCUCAUUACACCUUUUGUUGCACAGGUGAUGUUGGAAUCAUCUGUGUACCUGGCUCUGUCCGUGUACUGCUGCUGUUGCCUCCUAGCUGCUGUAGCCUCCUGUGCGCUGCCAAUUGAGACAACAGGCCGGGGCCUGCAGGAGUCCAGCCACCGCGAGUGGGGCCAGGAGAUGGUGGGCCGCGCCUCCUCCCAAAGCUCAGGGGGAAACCCACCCUCCAGCUCCGGCUCCCAAGGCUGAGGAAGACACAUCGGCUGGAGUAAAACUGAGAGAGGGGACCACAGUGAGGAAAAGAGGCAAGGAGAGGCAAAAAAGCUGGACCAGCUUUCGGUGUCCAUCUCCAGUCCCAUCCUAAGACUCUUCAGUUUAUGCACCACAGUGGCUUCAGAGAGCCAGGCAGCACAAUAUUAUAUAUUAUAUUAUAUAGUCUUCAACCACCAUUGCUGUCCCAAUUUUGCUACUGAAUAACUGCACACAGGGCGACAGGAAAGACCAAAUGACCUACACGGGGGUUAAGAUUGAGAAAAUAAAUGGUGGACGACAUGUUAAACAUUCUUGGACAAGUUAGAAUUUAACUACUUCAAGCAAAGUAUUUGAAUGCUGCUUGUCCAAUGCAAGAGAAGCAAAGGAGACUAAAGAGAGUAAAAGUGUUAGCUUAAAAUAACCAUCUUCUUCUCAAAGAGCCUUAAAACUACCUAUUCUAUUUGUGCUUCAGAGACCUUUUAACUUAAAAAAGGCUUUAACAAGCUGCGUCUAUUUCAUACUGGACAAAGAUGUAUAGAUAAGAAAGAGCAUCAUCUUGUGCACACAAAAUGUAAGUUAAAAUACACAAGUUUUGUAAAAAUUGAGGAAUAGUUCCACAUUGUCAAAUUAACAAAUCAUUGGAUUAAAAAAGGUCUGGGGUUACUUCUGGGUUAAAUAUGUUAAUUUUUCGUAUUUCACAUUUCAACAUGGAUAUUUGCCUGCUUAAGAAUGUUGAGGCCAUUUAAUUUACAACAACCUAACAAAUCUGCCAAAGCCUUCAUGAGAUCAUAAUAACAUCAGUGACAUCACACAGUCGACAAUAUGUCAUAAUUAUACUGUAGCAAAACUGGAACAAGUCCACAGAUCCUGGGCUGCAUUUGAAGACAACAUUAUAUAAGUUAAUGCUGAAGUAUUAGUAAAAAUCUAAAUCUGAGUCUUUUCAUCACCCAAAGCAGACUCAACCUAGUUACUAAGAGAUAACAUGAUUUAAAAAAUGACAUUAACACAAGUAUAUGAUGUUACGAUCUAUAAAUGCUGCAUCUCUUGCUCUACUCUACCAGACUUUGAGGCUGCGCACACAUAGACCUACACAUGUAUAUACACAACCAUUUAGCAGGAUGUUACAUUCUGUCUUUCUGUAAAUAAUGUAUCAAUACCUGGUUUAGUUGUCGUCUUUGACUUUUGUUUGAACAAAGGUGAUGUGAAGACAGACUUUGCCCAGUCUGAGUGACACACUCAGCAAAGUUUUGUUGAAAAAAAAAAGAAGAGAUUAACUAGUAAAGAUCCAGCAAGCCGAAUCUCUACCUGUCAGUGUUUGAGAUAUAGUGCUGCAUUAAGUGUCAGUGUGCACAUAUUCUUGUCAAUGCACUGGAUGUAAAUGUGUAUGAUAACUAAAGUAAAUACUCUUUCAAAAA